AUGGAGAUAGAUGAUCUCGAUUUUCAACUAUCCAGCCGCGAAUUUCGAGCUGGGUCGGAUGCAGAAGGGUUUGCACGGCAAGAUAAACGUUUCAUUGUCGCCAUUGAUUUCGGAACGACUUUUUCUUCUGUAUCGUUUCUUGCAUUGCCGAGAGACACUAAAUCGAGCGAAGUGCCAAAUGCUCAUAUUUACUUGAAUGAGAUUCAGAGUACUAUCAACUAUCCGGGAGAACCAUUGCGUUCUGGAUAUCUGCCAAGGAGAAAAGAAGUGCCUACUGAAAUUUGGUACCCGAAGAAAGCGUAUUUGGAUCCGUUACUUCAGAGGUCGAGAGAUAGACCAGUCGAUGUCGUAAAUAUAGAUGACUCUGACGACGAACAACAACAAAAUAGAGCAGAAGGCCUGGAUGAAGAUUUGGAUAUGGAACUCGAUGAAGAUGACGAAGAGGACAAAGAAACUCUUUGGGGCUAUCAAAUCCAACGAAAACUAGAGUUUGCCGAUUCAAAUCGCAACCAGAAUAGAUAUAUGGCAAGGUUCAAACUACUUCUGGAUGAAAGCGAUCUUACGAAGGAGAUUAGACGAGAUCUCGAACCGUACUGCCAAGAACUGAAAAGGAAUAAGAUUAUCAAAGAUAAAGAAGAUAUCAUUGCAGACUACCUUCAUUAUCUUUUUGUCCAUACUAAAAAUGAGCUUAUCAAACACCAUGAGUUCACGAAUACCAGCCUCGUAGAGUUUGUGCUCUGCGUACCUCCAAUCUGGACACCAAAAGCUAGCAGAAUAAUGCAAAAUAAUAUGGAAAGAGCCAUGCGCGAUUCUGGUUUUGGAAGGGUGGAGAAUGACAGUGUGGAUAAUCUAUUUAUCGUCUCCGAACCCGAAGCCGCUGCAGCUUAUAUGCUCGCAAGCGAGAGUACUCAAGUGAUAACCGGAGAGACAUUCGUUCUCAUUGAUGCUGGUGGUGGUACGGUCGAUACCAUAACAUAUACUAUUGGGGAAAGUUACCCCUUAAAAUUGAAGGCGGAGGGUGUUGAAGCUGGUGGCGAUCUCUGUGGCGCUAGCUAUUUGAAUGAGGCGCUCCGGGAACAUCUAAGUGCCAGACUUCAAGGUGAAGAUUAUCUUGAAGUCAAUCGCUCCACAAUUGAAGGUAUCAUAGACAAGUUGUUAGUCAGAUUUGAAAAUGAUGUGAAAAGAAAUGUCGAUGUGGCGGCAGACAACGUUCCAACUGUAUGGAUUGAUAUACCUGGUUUAAGAGCAAAUAAAAAUCCGGACAAGCGGUUCCUCAACAAUCGUCUCAAGAUGGGAUGUGCUGACCUAAAGAAAAUCUUCGACCCGCUUUUGGAGAGAGUUGCAGUCUUGAUGAAAGCCCAGCUAGACGGUGCGAAAGAGAAAGGGUUAACGGUAAAGAAAGUGAUCUUAAUUGGAGGCUUUGGAGAAUCUCCUUCCCUUCGAACCUACCUGAAAAGACAACUCGCAGCAAUACGCAACUACCGCAACGAUGAGAUCAAACUAGUUUUUCCAUCAGCUCCAAGCGAGACCACUGUUUCUUCAGGAGCAGUACUUCGGGCUUUGAAUAAGAAAGGCGGCCCACAGCGUAUCAGCAGAUCUAGCUAUGGAUUCUUGUGUACCGAAGAACAUGAACCGGAUGAAUUUCCUGCGCAUAAAGGGGUACGCCCAUACUUUGAGCCUUUAGAUGGUAGAAAAUACCUGAAAUAUACCAUCUACUGGCUCAUCAAAAAGGGCGACGAGAUACCUACAGAUAAAGAGUAUUCUUUACAAGUAUUUUAUAUCUUUGACGCAAGAGAAGGCACACGAUUCGAGUGUAAAGAGUACCUCUGUGUUUCCGACAAUAAAAUGGAAUCGCACUACCGAAAAAAUCAUGAGAAAAAUAAAGGAGCAACAGUUAUCGGUAUCAUUGAAACAGAUAUGACUUUUCUGAAGGAGCAAAAUCUUAUCCAACCAGUAGAACCAGAGGACGGCGUGAGAGCAAAGAGACACUACAAAGUUGAGUAUGAACUUGUCAUGAUCGUGAACGAUCGUAAUAUGAGAUGGGAGGCACGAUAUCCUGCUGGAGGGGAAGUGCAGGGCAGAGGACAAAUUUCUAUCGCAGCGGCAUUUGUCCCGGGAACUAAGUGA